GCGGACUCUUGGGCCUUGCCGCGUCGCACUACGCACGUGGAGGUGGAGCAGCGUGUCCCCAAGGCGACAGACACGUGGCAUCGCCGCGAUCCCGCGUCACCCACACAGAGAGGAACGCUUUGAGAGCGGCCAUGAGUGACACUGGAGAACAAACCAAGAUGGAUUGUGAAGAUUCAAUUUCAGAGGUCUGUUCAGAAGGCCAAAAGAAAUAUGAGGAAAGUUUAGAUGAAAAUAACACAUCUGGGACUCUGCUUAUACAACCACAAGAGCUUAUGAGUUCUGAUUUAGCAGUGCCACAAUUCGACACACCGCAAAUGGGCGUACAGGGUGAAUUAAGAGACACGGGCGAAUCCAGCAGUGCGAUCGUUGUAACGUCAGAAGCAGACGUUUCUCCUCAAGAAUCGGUCGAUAUGUCGGGAAGUGAACUUCCCAAGGGGCCCUUGUGUGGACAAGGGGAGUUACCGUUUCAGAAAGAAGUGGUGGCCACCGACUCGGAAGAGAUGGAUGUAAAAUUAAUCCCAGACCGUGCAGCUGAAGACAGCGAUUCGUCUGACGAGUCAACCUCGUCCCUGUCCUCAGCAUCGCCAACACCGGUCGCCGACGAUUUCGAGUUUGGAGACGAUUAUUUUUCCUCCAAGUCGGUGCCGAAAGUGAAAGUGAAGGGCGAGCUGGACCUGGAGGACCUGCCGCCUGUGCCCGAGGUCACCAUCGAGAUUCCCGAAGAUGUCAAAAUGGAGCCAAUUGGGGUGGUCACCAGCCUCCUGGGCCAACUAGUGGUCGUGGAGUCCUUAAAAGACAAGUCUCCACUCAACGAAGACACGUUGCUCUUCUCGUCGGACAGAAAGUCCGUUGGGAAGGUGUUUGAGACCUUUGGGCCCGUCACCCACCCGUUCUACUCCCUGCGCUUCAAUUCGGCAGACGACGUCACCCAAAAGGGCAUCGCGACUGGCACCACUCUCUACUGUACCCCGGAAAUGACGGACUACACUCAGUAUAUCUUUACGGAAAAACUGAAACGACUCAAAGGUUCAGAUGCUUCUUGGAAGGAUGACAUCGAGCCGCCUCCCGAGGCUGUCGACUACAGCGACGAUGAACAAGAGAAAGCCGCCAAAGGAAAAAACUCACAAAGAGCCAACACUCGACCAGAAAUGGCCGGAGCUCAUCUUCCUCGAGCAGAGGAACAGCAGCACAACCCCCGGGGCAGAGGCAGGGCCAGAGGCAGGGGAAGGCCCAACUUUGAGUUCAGCCACAUGCAGCCACGUGGGCCCUUUCAUGACGGCAAUGCUUUUGGACAACCCUGGGGACCCCGGCCUCCGAUGUUCCACAAUCGUUUCCGAGGGCCAAGCCACGGGGGCGGGCGAGGAUUUCCUCCUCCAGCAGCACCACCGCCGCCACCACCGUAUAUGCACCCUGGCUUCCCUCCUCAGCCGCCGUAUUGGCAAGGAGACUCCGCCAGCUUUGGGCAUCCGGGCAAUUACAACCCAUACUUUGAAUCGAGAGAAAUGGGUAACUUCCACGCGAGGCCUCCGAAUGUGAACGCACCGCGUUACCGGCCUCCGAUAAGGCACGAGCAAAUGCCCUUCAGACGCAGGAAUCCAAACAGUCCUCAACCAUUUUACUAGCCAGGUCUAAAGACCGCGGACAUUUUCACCACUCGCCGGUUUAUGCCACGGCGGUAAAUACAUUUUCUGAAAUCUAUACAUAUGUGUAAAAGGUGUAUUAUAGCUUUCAGCGGUUAAUUACCGAGUUAAAUUAUGACAUGCGAGAAUGCAGAUUUUUUACCAAAUUAUUUUUGCCUCCCCUUGCGCCGUUUAUCAUACAUGCGGAAUUCGCCGAGGGAAAUAUGGUUGGUUGCAAGCAGGUCCAUGACAACACAACGUUUAUCAAUUCAACGAUGACAUUUCCUUGUGAUUGCCUGGAUGGGGGGUCAACAUGGGUCAAUCGCGGCCAUUCAAAGGCGAACCUCUCCAUGUGGCAGAAUGUAUGGUGGCAUGGGUAUGUGUUUUUUCGUGUAGAAAACUUGGAGUUGUCUUUUCGUUGGUAUAUUAUAAUACGUGUUUAUUUUUUUUACUUUGAAAUGGGUCCUAUGCUUUCCAGUGGACGUUCGGUUCUUGAAAUAAAAAUGAAAAGUACAAUUUGGAAUUUUUUGAAUGUGAAGCGGUGUAUGCAUUUGUACCUUUAAAGAAUUUGCAUUAAAGCAACAUCCCGUGUGA